GUUAAUCCAGCUAGUUAAACAGACUCAACCCGAAUUCUGCAGACACAUCAACUAGGGUUUAAGCCUCCGCAGUCUACUGCCAAUCCAAAAGAUUUUGAAUCCCCAUAAGAUGGGCAAGAAGAGUAAAUCAAAGUCUCCUAAAGAGGUUAAAGAAAAUAGUGUUGUACGGAAGCCGGUUGUGGAAGAAGAGAAGCCUACAUCUUCUGCAAAAAAGGCUACUUCUGCAAAGAAGCCUGCUUCUGUGAUUGAUGAGAUAUUCGCCGGACAGAAGAGGAAGAAAGCCGAAGGCGAAAAGGCCAAAAAGAAAGAUGAAGAGGCGAGUGAAAAAUCAAACAAGCCUAAGAGAAAGAAGAAAAGAGAUUUAGGAUUUAAAGAUGGUGCAUUUGUGGAUGAUGCUUCUGGACCAAAAAAGAGAACAAACGAGGGCCUUGCUAUCUACACAGAAGAAGAGUUGGGUAUUAACAAAGCCGAUGCUGGAAGCACUCCUCUUUGUCCAUUUGAUUGCGAUUGUUGCUUCUGAGGCUCCUUACAACUCACUGAAGAUUAUGCUUAAAGAUUUUGUUGUUCCGAUGAUUCCAGGAUAGC